ACUAAUUCAAUUCCGGUUUGCGUCAAAAAUUAUAAACAAAGUUGGCGGUAAAGAUGGAGCCGAUGAUAGAGAGUGAACCCUUACCAGCCGAUGAAACAAACCAGGAGUACAGAGUGCAAACAACGUCGAAGAAACAAGUAAUCGAGCAGAUAAAUAAAUACAGAGACAUUUUGAAGACGGCUCUCGACGGACAGCCGGAUGUGGCAGAAGAGACGAAACGAGUUUUCCUGCAGGAGCUGCUGGCGAACUUUGAGGCGGCUGUUCAGGACAACGUGUUGGUGAAUGGACAGCCUUGGCAGGAGGCACCUGAUGUUGAAGCGGUGGAUGAGGCUGUUGACCUGGAAAGCCUGCUGGAUGACACCAUUGUUGAGACCACCAGGAGGCGCCGUUCCUACCCGAGACAGAUCCUGCCACAUGUGGUCCACUCCCUCAAAGCUGAACGUAAACUCAUGGGGCUGUAUGAACACGCAGUCAAACCUCAAGAGGUGGCCAAAGACCCUGAUCAAGAGAGCAUCAUGAACGAUUUGUCAGCAGCGGCUCCUGGGAUGGUGAAACAGGCCAUCCAGGUCAUAAAGUCAAUCAACAGUUUGCAGAAACAAGCUGAAGGCCUCUGUGAGAUCCUCAACAUGAAACCAAGCCACGCCACUCUGGAGAUCCACAGAGAAGUGUUUGGUUUUAACGGCCAAUCAGACGCUCCCCUGCCUCCUGUGAGCGGAGCUUCGAGGAACAGGCAGCCAAUAAAGAGAACUGUAGAGGAAGCAGCAGCCGCAGACUGCUAUGUACCUCUCAGUAAGAAACCUGUGGCGGAGGUCAAGCCAGAGUGACACUUCUGCUACCGUACAGAACAACCAAGAUGGUUGGAUGUCAGGAACUAAUGUGUGUUUUUCUGCGCAGUGUUGUUUUUGAACUCUUUUUAAGAAUAGAAAGCAGUGAUUAAAAUGAUAUGACUUGGGAUGUUUACUCAUUUUAAACAUAUUGAAUAAAUAAUAUUAAUGGUGAGACAUUACUUUAAUUCCCAUAAACGCAGAGAACUGUUGUUCCCUCUGCAUUCCUACGACUCGAUCGAUUUAUGGCACAAAACCACAAGGUGGCGCCGGCAAACGCUGCAAGAGCGUUCGAGUUUCUGCUGAAAAAAAAUCACCUCAAGUAUGUUGAUUCAAAUCAUCAAAAAGAUGUUUCAGGCACAGAAAGAAACAGGGUUACACCUGGGACUUGUUCUCCUAACGUCUCGGUGUCUCUGCAGAGCAUAGGAGAUUGUCAGCGAGGGGAGACUGGAGUUAAUCGACCACGGAUGGCACCAGUCUGUCAGACGGAUUUAAUAAAAGCCCAAAAAAUGGUGCAGCACACUAGGGACAGCCCUAGUAUUAACCAUAUUAACAUUGACAAACCAUGUUAAUCUUAUCUGGUCAAGAAGUCCUGAAACUAUGACGUCAUUUUAAAGGUGCUGUAAGUGAAAACUGCAAUUGUUGAUCCAACGGGAUACCCGAAAUGUUGUUCUCUGUUCACUGCAGAAGCAGGGGCUGGAGACUGGGAGUCACUGACUGAACACUAUAUUUUGAUGAUGGCUGUUGAAAUGUGGCUUAUUUUAACAAAAGAAUAUCGCUUACGGCACCUUUUUUAAGUCAAAGGUUGUUUGCAACCAUCCCGAUUUUGUGAGGAAAAUUUAAAUUAAGUAAAAGUUUUUAUGACUAAACUGAAUCAGAUGAAAUCGUAAAACUGACCUUUGACUCCAGUUCUUGUUGUUCUGUCUAUAGUGUAUAAGAAUACAUUUCUAGAGACUCUUUGUUCCCCCUGCCUGAAAUGAACUGUCCUUUUUAAAAGAUCUAAAUAUAUCUCGUUGGCAUAUAUUUGUCAUUGUUGGUGUUAAAAAAAAAACCUGUUAAGACAUUUACUGGUAUUAUUUUUAUUUUAUUUGUACACUCUUAUCCAUCCUGUACCUAUUUGAAAGGAUAAGGCUGGCAUUAUUCUGUGUUUUUCUUAUUGUCAACAAAUUUCAUAAAAUAACCAAAACCAACAA